ACAUCAAGCUAGAAUCUUUAUUGGCCAACAGAUUUUGCAACAGACGAAUUGUGGAAGAUGUUAAGAUAGAUAAAGGUCAAUCAUGUGCCCAUUAUUCAGUGUAAGCUGGAUGGGACUGCUAUUGCAUGUGUCAUGUAAAUGAAUCUGUAUACAAUGAUUUCUACACACUCGUCCGAAAACUCAGCUGCACCCAGAGACGUCAAACAGCGGAUAAAGCAAAAGCUGGCUCAUUCCCUGAAGUGCUUGCAGAAGCGGUAUGUAAAUUCGGACAAUGUUGUAACCAGCGAUGACUGUGACGCAAAUGUGCUGUGCUGUGUCAUGGAGUCGAUAUUUGUACAUGGAUUGAAAUCGAAGCACAUUAAAACAAAUGGAGGAAACCGAGGACGGAAAGGCAGUCAAGCUCCUCUUCCACAGCCUGUCUUUUGGACUCUGCUUAAAAUGGUCACUCAUCAUGAUGUUGUGACAGAUCUGGAGAAAUUGAACUUUAUUAACACUGAUGUGGGCCGAUGUCGGGCAUGGGUAAGACUUGCACUUAAUGAUGGCCUGAUGGAGUGUUACUUAUUGUCCCUACUUCGUGAAAAGGACAGUCUAUAUGACUUCUACCAUCCCGUGGCUUUGCUUCUUGAUACAGAAGACAGUGAGGUUCUACUGAGCUAUCUGCAAGGCCUGUCAUCUCUUUCAUUUACAUUGUCUUACAAAUCAGCUGUUCUAAAUGAAUGGACUACCACUCCCCUCGUGUUGGCUGGCUUAUACUCGGGACAAGAACUGGCAGAAACGUCAUCGCCAAACUUAUCCGAAGGAAGGAGGAAAGGUUCUUGGGAUUCAGCUUCUCAGUCCUCUGGUUCUGAUAUCAUUGAGGUGAUUCAUACCAGUUCUACAGCUCUGCAGAACAGUCAAUUGGGUAAACUAAAGGCUGCAUCCUCUACGUUGAGCUUGGAAACAACUGGAUCAUCCCAACUCUCAUCCAGCUUGAGCUCUGACAGCCUCCUUCAGUCAAACGGAAUGAAGAGUCCUGACCAAACGACGGAGGAAUUGUGGUCGUGUGAGACCGACAAAGGCAUUGCCAGUGCCGAAAGCUCCAGCCAAUCUCUGCAAGUGACACCGGAUGAACUUGGAGAAGACCAAAUACCAGUUUCCCUGGAUUGCAAUGUUUCAAUUACUAUAUCACAGCCUGAAUUAUCCUCAAUGCUUCCAGCAGUUGAUAUUGCAUUGAAUGCUCAGUCAGGUAAAUUGGUUGACCAACAUACAUGCAAUGAGGAAACAAAUGCAAGGACAAUAGAAAGCCAUAAAAUUGAAAGCCCAUCCUCUACCCAUGUUUCAGCCUUGCACCAUCCAGAAACUGCUUAUGGAUCACAUCUUGAAAAUGGCAGUAAAACUGUUGCUUCUCACAGUGAAAAGAUGCUAAAUCCUGUCAAUUCUGAAAGGUUAUCUGAUUACAACUCCCAGAGAAUUUUGCAAUCUGCAGCAUGCCAGAAACAGGAAGUAGACGCUGCAGUUCAAGUUUCCGUUGUGAGCGGAAUUGCUCAUGUGACAGACCAAAAGAAUGCAUUGAGUGUUCACAGCACUCACUUGACUGAACCAGGAGAUAAUCAUAAACGAAGUAGCUGGAUAUCAGAUGAUGACAUAUGCAAACCAUCCCCUCAAGAAGUACUUCCGCGAAGCACAGGGGAAAGUUCAGCUGAUCACUCUAUUGACACAACACCAAUGAAUGUAAAUAGCACUGGGGCUACUAAAAAUAGACAACCAGCUUCCGAGCUCUUGCAGAGUACGUUUCGUCAAGAGGAAGCAUCAUUUGAAGUGACCCAUCGUCGAAAGAUUGGUAUUUCAAACCCGUUUCGUGGACUUCUGAAGUUGGGCAAUUUAGAGAGGAGAGGUCAUGUUGGUAUUUGGAAAGAGUAUUACUGUGAGUUAUCACCUUUCGAGUUUCAUCUGUACCAGAGUGACGAUGACCGCAAUUGUUAUGAGAACUGCUCUUUACUAAGGUGUGAACUACUGGGACGUGCACACAGUGAUGGAAGGUUUCAUGUGGUUUUUGCUGGCAAGAAGUUGUACCUCCGAGCACCCUCUCGAGAUGAAGCAGAGGACUGGAUUGAUCGAAUUCGGGAAGCAUUAGAACAAUGUCGACCUCACCGAACUUCAAAACAAGAAUCAUCUCAUGUAGAGGCCUCAAUGAAUGAGAAACCCGAUUCAGUUUCUGAGCCACAUGUCCUUCACUCUGCUCACCAGUUAAAUCACAAGGAAGAGAAUGGCUUCCAACGAGAUUUUAAUUGGGUUUCUGAGGCAGAAUCGCAGUUAGAUGCAAUUAAAGAGACUGUACUAUACUUGUUAACAGGCAAAAGGUGGACUCGUUACAUCUUCUCUUUGACAUUGGAUGCACUGAAAUAUUUCAAAUUUCAGGAACAGCAAAAGGUACUAUGCAGCAUCUGCAAAACUGAAACUUUUAAGGAUGUUAUACCUGACACUGCAUUGGGCGGUCCAGCUAACUUUAAAUUAAUUACAUCUGAGGUUACUCUGAGACUUCAGGCAGAAAGUGGUGCAGAAGCAAGAUCGUGGCGUGAACUGAUUCGAGCAGUUCUAUCAUCCUUCUUAGAAGCAGAAGAAGAUACCUUGGCAGCAAACACAGGCUUCGAGAAGAAUGAAAAAAGACUUGUGGAGCUGGGCUUGGGGGAACACAAGAGCCUUCUACAGCAUUUGACUGUUGUACCCAUAGAAAAAGGGUUGGAUUUGCAGAAAUUUCAAUGUGCAGGAUGCUCUCAGAAAAUAGGAUUUUCAUUUGGCAAAGCCAAGGUUUGUGCAUAUUCUGGCCUCUACUAUUGUGAAAUGUGUCAUCAGGAUACAGAGACUAUUAUUCCAUCCAGAAUGAUGCAUAACUGGGAUCUGACUAAACGAGGGGUUUCCAAUGUGGCAGCAAGGUUCCUGCAGCAGGUCCAAAAUGAGCCAUUCAUUGAUCUUGAUGUGAUAAAUGGAAGUCUCUAUCAGUACGUUGAACACAUGGCUCGGGCUCGUAAGAGUAGAGAUCAGUUGAAGAUAUUGGAAGACUAUCUCUUCACGUGUCGGAGCGGUGCAGUCCAGGAUCUCUAUAAAAGGUUGGAUCAGAAGAAGUAUCUCUUGGAAUCAGCCCAUCUAUACAGUGUCUCUGAUCUUCGACAGAUAGCCCAUGGAAUGUUUGAAGCAUUCAUACAGCAGGCUAUCCAUUAUGCCACCAAUCACGUCUAUAUGUGUGACCUUUGUACUCAGCGAGGCUUCAUCUGCCAGAUCUGCAGCAGUGACGACAUCAUCUUCCCUUUUGAAUUUGAAUCAACUACAAGGUGCAAAAAGUGCAGGACUGUUUUCCAUAAGGUUUGCAAGGCUGGUGUCCAAUCGUGUCCACGCUGUGUACGCAAACAAAGGUACCAGGAUUACAAAAUGGGACAUUAGCUGUGGUCUGCAUCCAGGAUCAUGCACAAGGGAGUGAGAAUACGAGUUGUCCACCGUGUGCAGACCGUUUCCCGAGUUCUUGCAAUUUACAGCAAAUAUAAACCGAGAUGAUACAAAAUGAAUCAUUUCACUAUGAUCGCACAGACACAAGUUCCUUGCCACUUCAUUUUGAAAACAGUAACUCCAAAAGGAACAUAAAGAUGUUCCUUUCCUUGAUGUGGGUUCAAGAUUUGAUACAGACCUACUAGUGUUACCAGGAAGACCGUCUGCAGCCAGAUUGCACUCACUCUCACUGGCACUGGUAAACACGUUCAUCUUCUGGAUUAUCAACUUUUUAAAGUCUUAACUCAUUUUAAAAUUCAGACAUACAUUCUCCUUUAUUCAAACAUGCAAACUAUAUCAGUAGUUUGUGAAAGUGUAAAAUGUACAGUAGAGUUACUAUUCAACAGUGAAAUUAACUAAAGAUUUGCUAGACCUUGCUGCUUUAAUUGCACUUUGAAAACUAAUCCUUGUAAAUACGCAGAAUAUUUAAAUGUUCACCCAUACUGCAGACUAUCCAUUACAUUUUAACACUCAAUCCAAAAGGGUGCAAGCACUUUCUUACUUGUCUAAUACUGAUAAGGUUUCAUUUUUUUUUUUUUUGAGAUUAACAGUGAUAUAUAAUCAAUUUGUAAAGCAAUUGAAAUGAUGAUCAUUAAUAUAUCAUUCAGUAACUAUAUUUUAUUAAACACCAUCUUAUAAAAUCAGUACAACUGAUAACUGUUCAUGAAAUUAUGCUAUUUUCCAGUGGGAAUUUUGGCCAAUUUAGAUAGGAAAUUGUUAAGGUGCUAAACUUUGCUCAAAUAACCAAUGCCAAAUGCAUCCAAAUGUAAAAAUGAGAAUUUACAGAACUUAACAUUUAUAUUCAUGCAUUUUGUGUGCAACAAUGCAAAUUAUUCCUUCCCAAUUACAAACUUACCAUCACUCAUAAGUGUCAUUAAUUCCAACAUUUAGAAACCAUACUUCAAAAAACCAUUCUGGAAAUAAACUUCUGCAGAGCUGCAGUAUUUAAGUGCACAGAUUCAAAAGUACAGCAAAAUUGUGGAUGCCUUGAUACUUUGUUGGAUUUAUUACAGUUCAUGGCACAUACCUAUAAAUGAUUACUUGCUAUUUGUGGUCUUCCAAUAAUACCAAGGUUUAACUGUCAUGUGAUAACUUGUUUUUUUUUGUACUUCAGCUUUUUUAUUGCAUUAUAUACCUUGACUUACUUUGGAAUCAAAUCAUGGCAAAAUUUUCUAAACACUGGCUCUAUAGUCAUUUCUAUUUUCUUAAAAACUGAUUGUGUCAAAAGAUUUGAUUUUUAAAUGUGCAAAUAAAGUUUGAGGGCCUGAUUUAAA